UGAAGAACCAACCUCUUUCGUUCGAGAUAGCUACCAGUGAUAAAGUCACCCUCACUUCUUACAGUGUUGCUCCCAAGAACUGGAAUUUUGGACAGACUUUUGAAGGACGAGGUUGUCUUGUUGGACUUAUGGGCGAGCCCAUUUUGCAUGAGGGUGAAGAUUGCGUUUGAAGAGAAAGGCGUUGUGGGUUAUGAGGUGAAGGAGGAAAACUUGCCUCAUGGGAAGAGUGAGCUUCUCUUGAAAUCCAACCCUAUUUACCAAAAAGUCCCUGUGUUGUUGCACAAUGGGAACCCCAUUGUUGAGUCCACCAACAUUGUUUACUACAUUGAUGAGGCUUGGCCCUCCUCCCCUUCUUUGCUCCCUUCUUGUGCCUAUGGCCGGGCCCGGGCUCGGUUCUGGGCCGACUUCGUUGAUAAAAAGGUAUAUGAUGCUGGUGCUGCAAUAUGGGGAGGCAAAGGGGAAGAGAUAGAGGCUGCCAAGAAUGAAUUCAUUGAGGUCAUAAAGAAGUUGGAGGGAGCUCUGGGGGACAAGGAUUACUAUGGCGGCGACACGUUUGGGUUCGUGGAUAUCAUCGCCAUCCCCCUGACAUCCUGGUUCCUAACCUACGAGAAACUCGGAGGGUUUAAGGUGGAGGAAGAGUGCCCAAAAUUUGCUGCUUGGAUGAAGAGAUGCCAGGACAGGGAGAGUGUUGCCAAGGCCCUUCCUGACCCAGAAAAGGUCCACGAGUUCGUUAUCAAGCUCAGGAAAAUGCUGGGGAUUGAAUAGAAAACAGAUAAUAAAUACGAGGGGGAUUGAUAGAGUUCGAAUAAGUCUGAAUGAUUGGUUUGAUUGAAUAGGGAAAAGAUAAUAAAUACGAGGGAGAUUGAUAAAGUUCGAAUAAGUCUGAAUGGUGGGUCUGGUGGAGAUAUCGGAUACCGUGAAAGCUAGCAAAGGGUUUUGCUAGCUUUCAAUAUGAAUUUGAUUUCACAAAUAAUUAAUAAUGGGUUGUUGCUAGUUGUUGUUUGUUGUUUUGUGAGUUGCAUGUUUUGUUGUUUGGACUUGGUGUGGUUGUCUUUUAUUGUUAGAUGUACGAGGAUAUCAUCUCCUUUCCCUUUGUUCUGAUCUCUUUUCAUGUAUGUACGUGAUGAAAAGAUUGAGGGGAAUACUUGAAAAGACACAAGGAGGAUCUUGUAAAAUAAUAUUAAUUGCUUUCUUAGUACAAGAAUAAGUAUUGGUUAUAAAGAUUAUAUUGCAAAUCAACUAUUUAUA